AGAGCCCCACCAUCCAGCUCAGUUGCGUCUCAGCUGCAGUUCGAAAAACAAGUAGGAGCGUGGCCAGCAGAUUGCUCAGCAUCUAACUAGAGGACACACACAAACGCAGAGAGUUGAUCCUAUUCACACAUGGCCAGACACAUGUGGACGUUACUCCAGACUGCGUGUCUGCUGGGUUUGUUAUCCGCUGAUUUACCUGGCCUUUCCGAUGAAGAAAUAACUCCCGAUAUGCGCUACCCACACAAUUAUUUUGGAGAAUAUGGGGAGGAACAGACCGAAGAGGAGACCCCCAUGCAGACCACAGAGGAGACCCCCAUGCCGUCCCCAGAACCCUGCAAGGCUUCAGCCUUCACCGAAUGGGAUAAGCUCUUCACCAUGCUGGAAAAUUCCCAAAUGAAGGAGAACAUGCUCCUGCAGUAUGCCGAUGACAUCAUCAAGGUGGAACUGCAGUCUCUGCGAGGGGAGAUGCUGCAGUUCGUGGCGCAGUAUGGGGACUCAUGCGCGUCUGCAAUUGACAAGGCGGCUCGGAGAUCUGGGGCUCAGAUGGAAACACGACUGGAGAAUGCGCUGAUGCAACUGCGAGAGGUCUCAGCCAAUCAGUACGAGCAGCAAGAAUCGGUCCUGCAGCAGCUACUUGCAUCUAGUGUGACCCAGGAUGCGCACCUAGAACGGCUAGAGAACUGCUGCCUGAAAUCUUCCCAAGCCAAGAGUCUUCAGGCCCGGCAUCUGACGCAAGAGAAGACUGAUGGGGAGAGCAGAGUGAGGUUAGAGAACACUCUGGCUUCCAUCUCAAGUGAACUACAAGCCAUUCGGGAACAGAUGACACGUUACAUGAGGUCAAACCUGUCAAACAGGCUUCCAUCAGGCUGUGAAACUGGACUCCUCUUCCCCAUGCGGUCUUCUACAUCCAACGUCGAAGUAACACCCAAAAGACCGUUGCCGACCAAAGCAGUGACCAUUUGCUUGUGGGCGAAACCGACCCAGGUUCUCACAAAGACCGUCCUCUUCUCUUACAGCACGACAGGCAACCCUUACGAACUGGAGCUGGUGCUCAACGGCCAAAGUGUCCAGUUCACGGUGGAUGGAGAAACCCAUUUGGUGGAGGCGCCAGGGGUGGUGCAAGAGGGUCAGUGGGUGCACCUCUGUGCGGUCUGGAGCUCAUGGCAGGGCCUGGCUUCUGUGUGGGUGAACGGUCAACAAGCAGCGAGCUCUCCAGGAGUGGCUGAGGGUCAUGAGCUACGCAGCAAAGGGAGCAUACUUCUGGGACAAGAGUACGGACGUUACUUCAGGCAUCUCCACAUCCCGGAAACCUUUGAUGCGGAGCAGGCCUUCACUGGGAAAAUGACCGGAGUCAACAUGUGGGAUCGUGUUUUGGAUUCACAGGAGAUAUCCCAGCAGGCACAGCUGGACGGAAGUGGUUGUGGUAACCGUGGUAAUGUGGUGGCUUGGGGAGUGUCUGACAUUGAGUCAAAAGGGGGCGUCAAGUUAAUCUACUAAUGUCUCUACAGUCUUAACCACCUGAGUCCUGUAUAUCGAUCAGAUGACCUCCUACAACACAUUAGCUGCUUUGCUACUCCUGCAUACAACAGUAAUUUCUUUAUUUCAGGAAAAUGUUUCUUCACAGGAAAAGUUGGAUUUCGGGGUGGACUGGCAGUCAUAAUGCAAGUUAAAGCAGUUAAACUGCUGCCAUUUGGGGCACAUCAUAUCAUUCAUUAAUCAUUUCUAAAUUUGGUUUUAAACACAUUUUGUAUUGUCAAAGUAUUUAUCUUGUUUGAAAAUGUUUACAUUUUGGUUUGACUUAAUUUGUAAUCUAUUUGUAAUCUAAUCGUUCAAUCCAUUGUGAUGUUGUUCUUCUGCAAUAUUUUAAAACUUAUAGUCGAUCUAUCUUGUGAUAUUUUUAUUUUGCUACAUAAAUACUGCUAAUGAAUAUGUUUUUAUGCACCUGAACACGUUUUUAGCUACUUGCUACAUUUUGAUGAUGGAACUGUGGAAAAUGUUUACAAGGUCAACGUGACUUUUUGCUUCCCCUAAUGUGUGAAAUGUAUUAUAAUGUACAUUGUUUUUAUUGAGGCUAAGAUGAAUGUAUAAUGUAAAUAAGUAUUUUUCAAUGAGGGUCAGGAAACUAUAAUAAAAUUUUAACUAAAAUAAAACUAAUUGUCACUUGAUA